CACUUAUUUAAUCAAAUAAGUAAAGUUUAUUUUUGUGAAAAAGAUGUUUAUUUGAUGGCGUAAUAAGUGUCACUUUUCAAAAAAAGGAACAGUGACAACGACGUGGGAGUAGUUAGUCGUAGAGGCGAGUCUGCGCUGUCAGUGCUGAGUUUUCACCCCAACAAAUUCGGCAGUAAAUUUGCACGACGCGAGUCCGUGCUACGUCGCAAAUCCUUGACGUGAACGCCGAUUGUUCCGAUUGUUUCGUAUAGCAGCGACGUUACCUCAUCUCCCGUCUCCGUCUCCAUCCCGACUCUAUCGCUCACCGACGUUCUUUCGAUUCACCGACAAUCACCGUCGUCGUUGUCCCCGGCAACCCCGCGCCAUGUCUCCCCGCGCCGCAGCCCUCCUCCUCAUCGUCUGCGUGUCAUCGCCGGCGACGGCGUUCUACGUCCCCGGGGUCGCGCCCGUCGAGUUCAAGGUCGACGCCCCGAUAGAGGUCAAGGCCGUGAAGAUGUCUAGCUCGCGCACGCAGCUUCCCUACGACUACUACUCGCUGCCGUUCUGCCGGCCGCGCGGCGACGUUCUCUACAAGACGGAGAACCUCGGCGAGGUGCUGCGCGGCGACCGCAUCGUCAACACGCCGUACGAGAUCCGCAUGAAUGCGGACGCCGGCUGCCGCGUGCUGUGCAACGCGCCCGGCGACGCGGUCGUGAUGCAGGAGCGGGAGUCGGCGCUCGUCGCGCGCCGCGUCAAGGAGCAGUACGUCGUGCAGCUGCUCAUAGACAACCUGCCGUGCGCGACGCGAUUCGAGAUGCGAGACACGGGAGAGACGCAGUACGAGGUCGGCUAUCGCCUUGGAUUCUUCGAGAACGGCAAGGCCUACCUGAACAAUCACCUGUCGUUCCAACUCAAGUACCACACGGACGACGAGUCAACCUAUCGCGUCGUUGGAUUUGAAGUCAUUCCGAAGAGCAUCGCUUUCGGCGAGCUGAAGGUCGACCGCGCGACCUCGCAGUGUCAGCUCGACCCCGCCAACCGGAAGUACCGUCCGCAGGAGGUGAACGCGGCGGGGGAGACGCACGUGCUGUUCACGUACGACGUGAAGUGGUCGUCGUCGCAGCUGCGCUGGGCGUCGCGUUGGGACACUUACCUCGCAAUGUCAGACGUACAGAUCCACUGGUUCAGCAUCGUCAACUCUCUCGUCGUCGUCUUCUUCCUCUCGGGGAUCCUGACGAUGAUCAUCGUCCGCACGCUGCGCCGCGACAUCGCCAAGUACAACCGCGACGACGACAUCGUUGACGACACGCUCGAGGAGACCGGAUGGAAGCUCGUCCACGGCGACGUCUUCCGUCCGCCUCCUCAUCCGAAGCUGUUCUCAGCCCUCGUCGGAUCCGGGAUCCAGAUCUUCCUGAUGUCGCUGAUCACGAUCAUGUUCGCGAUGCUGGGUACGCUGUCGCCGUCGUCGCGCGGCGCGUUGAUGACCGCCGCCAUCUUCCUUUACGUCUUCAUGGGCGUCGUCGCCGGAUACUUCUCCGCGCGGCUCUACAAGACGCUGCGGGGGACAAUGUGGAAGCGCGCCGCUCUCCAGACGGCGCUCCUCUAUCCCGCCGUCGUCCUCGGGACGGGAUUCUUUUUGAAUUUCUUCAUCUGGGGGAAGCGGUCGUCCGGAGCGGUGCCGUUCACAACGAUGAUUGCGCUCGUCUGCCUCCUGUUGUUCGUCGGUCUCCCGCUGACCUUCGUCGGAUACUUCUUCGGGUUCCGGAAGACCCCGUACGAACACCCCGUGAGGACGAACCAGAUCCCGCGGCAGGUUCCGGAAGGUCCGUGGUACAUGAACCCCAUUCUGAGCACGCUCAUGGCCGGGGUUCUGCCGUUCGGAGCGAUGUUCAUCGAACUUUUCUUCGUGUUCAGCGCCAUCUGGGAGAACCAGUUCUACUACCUGUUCGGAUUCCUCUUCCUGGUCUUCGUCAUCCUCGUCGUCUCCUGCUCUCAGAUCUCCAUCGUCAUGGUCUACUUCCAGCUUUGCGCGGAGGACUACCACUGGUGGUGGCGUUCCUUCGUCGUCAGCGGCGGUAGCGCCCUCUACGUGUUCGCCUACUCGGUGUUCUACUUCGCGAACAAGCUGCAGAUCAGCGAGUUUGUUCCGACGCUGCUCUACUUCGGCUACACGUUCCUUAUGGUGUUCUCGUUCUUCUUGCUGACGGGAACCGUGGGGUUCUACGCAGCCUACUUCUUCAUACGACGCAUCUAUGCAGCCGUCAAGAUCGACUAAUCCGUCAUCGCAGCGACGCCGCAGCGCGAGGCGAGACAAUGGCAAGGCAGUGAGGCGAGUUGAGACAUUGGCGAGACAAUGGUUAGGUGAGGCGAGGCAGCGAGGUCUGGUGAGACAGUUGAGAGACAAUGGUGAGAUGAGACACUAUGGGGCAAUGGUGAGACGGUGCGGCAAGACAAUGGUGAGGUGAGGCGAAGUAAGGCAGUGGUUAGCCAGUGAGGCGAGUUGAGACAGUUGCGAGACAAUGGCGAGGCAGCGAGGUGAGGUGAGACAUUGAGGCAAGGCAAGCCGCAACAGUGGCGAGGCGAGGUGAGGUGAGACGAGGCGAGACAAUGGCGAGACCGUGUAUGGCAAGAAAAUUGUGAGACAGUCAUCAUGAAGAAUGAGCGAGAGAGCAGCUAGGGAAGGCAGGAGUGAGAGAGAGAGCGAGAGAGAGAGAGAGAGAGACAGAGAGAGAGAGAGAGCAAAGCGAGACAAUCGUGAGACAAGACAAUGGUGAAGUGAGGCAAGACGAUGCAUGGUAAGACGAAACAACGGCAAGACAGGAGCGAUAGCGAAAAGAAGAAGUCCUCCGCUAUUUCGUCUCAUCCGUCGCGAGUGAUGUUCCGUUGUU